AUAAGGUCUGCUGAGAGAUCUGUUUUAGGAAGUGCUCCUGUGGCUCCCAGCUUUACGGAGCUGUCGUGUACACUCCUGUUAAAAUCCCAGAAACUUUUUCGCCUCCUGUGCUUGCCAUCCUGCUUCCCUUCUCCACCCUAAUCCAGAGCCAGGGCUUCUCAGGAGGAUUGUCCUCUUCAUCCUUCCCUGACAAGGCUCUGUGCACUCAGCCAGAAAUCCUGCCUAGAGGAAUUCCCAGUUCUGCUGAUGUGAGCACCCUUGGAAGGGCAGAGGCCAGGCAACUGCAGCAGAAGCACAAGAGACAGGGUCAGUGGUUAUAGAACAGGCUCUCAGGUGAUUUAUCGAUGUGCAUCCUGCCCUCCCCACCUCCAAGCUGGGGUCUCCAAGCAGAUGAAGCAGUCAGAAGUCACCACAGUGACAGUAGCCAAUGUGGGGGCCUCUGCAGACAAUGUUUUCACUACAUCUGUGGCCAAUGCAGCUUCAAUUUCAGGACAUGUGUUGUCUGGGAGAACAGCCCUCCAAAUUGGGGACAGCUUGAACCCUGAGAAAGCCACUCUGAUAGUGGUGCACACGGAUGGCAGCAUCGUGGAAACCACCGGGAUCAAGGGGCCUUCAGCACCUCUCACACCAGGACCACAGUCUCCUCCUACCCCUUUGACUACCGUCCAGGGAAAAAGUGGAACCAAGUACAACUGGGACCCGUCAGUGUACGAGAACGAACUCCCGGUGCGGUGCCGGAAUAUCAGUGGCAUUCUGUUCAAGAACAGGCUGGGCUCAGGAGGCCGUGGCAGGUGCAUUAAGCAAGGGGACAACUGGUACAGCCCCACGGAGUUCGAAGCCAUGGCAGGGCGAGCCAGCAGCAAGGACUGGAAGAGGAGCAUCCGCUACGCCGGGCGGCCCCUGCAGUGCCUUAUCCACGAUGGGAUUUUAAAUCCCCACGCUGCCUCGUGUACUUGUGCUGCUUGCUGUGAUGACAUGACACUGAGUGGUCCUAUACGACUCUUUGUGCCAUAUAAAAGGCGGAAAAAAGAAAAUGAAAUACCUGCAACUCCAGUGAAGAAGAAUUGCUCCAAAAACAUCACUCUGCUUCCAGCCACUGCUGCAACUACGUUCACCGUGACUCCCUCUGGACAGAUCACAACCUCCGGGGCGCUGACCUUCGACCGGGCGUCCACCGUGGAGGCCACGGCCAUCAUCUCAGAGAGCCCAGCACAGGGGGAUGUUUUCACUGGAGCCACUGUUCAGGACACCAACGUCCAGCAGCCUUGCCGGGUGUCUCAUCCAGAGCCUCACUAUCCCAGUUACCAGGACAACUGCCAGAUCUCACCUUUCCCUGAGGCUGCACUGCCAACAUCUCAUCCCAAAAUCGUGUUGACCUCUCUGCCUGCCCUGGCAGUGCCCCCUACGACGCCCACCAAAGCCAUGUCGCCAUCAGUGGUGAACGGGCUGGAGGUGACGGAGCAGCGGAGCUGGCUCUACCUGGAGGAGAUGGUCAAUUCCCUGCUCAGCACAGCACAGCAGCUGAAGACUCUGAUUGAGCAGGCCAAGCAGGCCAGCUCCUCCUUCCGUGAGGCUGCUGUCACACAGGCCAAGAUCCAGGCUGAUGUGGAGAGGAAAGAGCAAUACCAGAGCCAGUUAUUCCAACAAACGGAGGAUGUGGAUGGGAAGACAGAAAUCAUCAUCAAGCAAUCCUGUGUCAACUGUGGACGGGAGGCCACCAACGAGUGCACAGGAUGCCACAAAGUCAACUACUGCUCCACGUUCUGCCAGCGGAAGGACUGGAAGGACCACCAGCACAUCUGUGGCCAGUCAGCCACAGUGACAGUGCAAGGGGAUGAGGUGCACGUCCCGGACAAUGUCAUGGAGAAGGUCACCGUGUGAGCGCUCUACCUCUGCAGCCGUUCAUGGACACGCGGGGCCGGCUGGAUCGGCGACCGGUGGGAACGGUCUGUCCUGUGCCAACAGCACUUUUCUCACUAGCAGACUCAUUUUUCAUUGAUUUUUUGAUACUGUGACAGCACUUGUCUAUUCCCAAUCCCCUUCCAAAGCUUUGGAUAAUACAGACUGUGAAAACCUCAUCUGGAACCUUCUCCCUUCCAUCCCAGCCCCAACUGGCUUUGGGAGGCUUUGCCUUUGCCUGACUGGAUCCUCCACCAUGUGGAUUACAGCAGUCUCCUCAUCUCUCUUGAGGUGGAUCUGAAGCAGGAGAUCUGCCAGUGCUUCCUCCUACUGGGGCCUCCCUACCUCUCAUUAGAGAAGAGAAACAAAUCUUUGGUUUUGUUUAUUUAAUUGCCUUGACAAAGUUGGUACAAGUUCUUAGUUUGGCAUUGAAAGGAUUUUUGGGUUUCCAGUGUUCCCUCUGUGCUGGGCAAAUCUGGAACACAUUGGAGCUUCUGCACUUAAAUAUAGUUGAAAAAUAACAUGUUGUUAAAUAAAAUGCGAUGAAAGCACAAGUGUGCCCAGUGGUUCCCCUUAAUUACCAGGGCAGCACUUUGCAGUACAGGUAACUGCUCAGGUGAAUGCACCAACAGCUGCAUGUGUGUCUGUACUCCCUGUCUACCUGGGAGGUGUUUUCUGGUCCAGCGUGCCUGGAAUAUCACUCAUAGCAUCAAGCUGGCCAGAAUCAGAUGGGAUCAAGUCCAAGGUGAGCACACGUGGAUAUGGGGCUGUCCUGUCCCUGCCCUGUAGGAACUGCUAAUUAGAGAUGUGCUGACCAUUAGGGAGUUACUUGCUUUACUCACUACAAAAAAUAAUUUUAAUUAUUAAUCUACUAUUUUAAUAGUUAAUUAAAUCCUUUAUUUGUUAAUUAAGUUAAA